AUGAAGAAUCUGUUCCAUGACCUAUUCAACACCUAUGAUACCAGGAUACGACCAGUUAAAGACCAGUCGAAACCAGUAAAAGUGUCAGCAGAGUUUGUACCGAUGAGUUUAAUAGACUUCGACACAAAAGUUCAGAUAUUUUCAGUGCUUGGCUACUUUCGGGUCUCAUGGAAAGAUGAACUUUUGACGUGGAAAGACGAAAACUAUGCAAGAACAAAUUAUAUAAAAAUAGCGACGAAAGAGAUAUGGAAACCGAGUCUAACAAUUAUAAAGACAGUAAACGGUGAUGGUGUUGUGGGAAAUGUAGCAACAGAUAUUGCAAAGGUUUCGGCCAAAGGCGAGGUUCAGUGGGUUCCAGAAGGAAUAUACAGUGUGAUUUGCGAUGUAAAUAUUAAAUACUAUCCAUUCGACAAGCGGGUAUGCAAGAUAAGCUUCUACGUAUCUGAUGAAACUGUGACAAGUGUCGUCCUCAGUCAUCAUAAUGAAGUCACUUUGGACGAAUAUACGGAGAACACUGCCUGGAAGAUAAUUAAAAUCGUGCGAAAUCGGUGCACAAAAUACAAUUCAAACUUCAUUGACAUUGAUUUUCACGUGCUUAGGCGUGCUGGCUUUACUACUUUUACACUGAUUAUGCCCUUGUUGAUGUUGGCUUUCCUUAACAUCUGCCUUUUCCUUUUGCCGACUGGCUCUGGAGAAAAAGGAUCAUUUGCAAUCACUAUAUUUUUGUCAUAUGGAAUUUUCAUUACAAUAAUCAGUAACACAUUACCCAAAAACUCUCUUCAAGUCUCAUACUUCGUGUUAUUCGUCACCCUCUUAUUAUUGUUAAGUGUCUUGUCUGUAUUCUACACAGUUCUGCAAGCAAAACUGGUAGCUGUCUUUGGUAAUAAAGAAUGCACAUGGAAAUUUCUUGCAUCGAAAAGUAUCACCAAGGACAAAACAGAAAUAGAUUCUGAUAAGCUAAAGGAGGUCGAGAAUGGUCAGGCCACUGUAACCACAAAGCCUUACACAUGGGCGAUGCUUUCCAACUAUAAAAGAGUUAGUUGGAUCGUGGAAACCGAAGACUUUGUGAAAGAAGCCUACCCAAGAAACGUAGGUCUUAGUAGUGGCUGGCGUGCACCCGAGCUCGAAACAAUAUGA